AAAUCUCACCCAAUCUACUUCCAAUAUCACAAACAAUGGAUCCAUCAAGCGAUGAUUUUGAUGUCGCAGCCUACUUGCAAAAUCGUGAAGUUGAAGACACUUAUGUACUCAACCGAUUUAGAGAGCGUCGGAAAAAAAUAUUGGAAGAUGGUGCACCUCGUAGUAGAAAAUAUGUCAAUAGAGAUCAUCCAGCUGCAAACCAAAGACUAAUUGACGACUACUUUGCCGAUGAGCCUACAUAUGACGAUGCAAUGUUUCGUCGUCGGUACCGCAUGCAAAAACAUCUUUUCCUUCGAAUCGUUGGGGACCUUUCAAGUAGUGAUAACUACUUCACCCAGCGAGCUGAUGCUGCCAAGAAAGAAGGUAUAUCACCUUUAGCAAAAUGUACCACAGCAAUGCGAAUGUUAGCAUACGGUAUGGCAGCAGAUGCGGUCGAUGAGUACAUCAAAAUAGGAGGUACUACUGCAUUAGAGUGCUUACGUAGAUUUUGUAAAGGAAUCAUACGAUUGUAUGAGCAAGAGUAUCUCAGAGCACCAACCCAAGAUGACCUGCAAAAAAUACUACAUGUAAGUGAACUACGGGGGUUCCCUUCUGAUAUAGAAGCGGAAGAAGCUCAUAUUGAAAAAGAAGUUGAACCUAAAAAAAAAAGAGGCCCAACAAGAAUGUUAGAUGUAUGGGAUAUGGAUGAUGAUGAUGUCAUAAUUGUUAAUUUGGAUAAAUAUGGUCGACCCAUUGGUAAGGAAGGGGGAAUUCUUAAUCGUUUCAUAGGAAGUAUGGUUCGAAGGAAACAAUUUGCUCCCAUCAAAUACACAUCUUGGAAAGAGAUGCCCUUAAAGCAAAAAUCUGCUAUGUUGAAAAAAAUUGAGUCCAAAUUUGAGUUCAUUCCUCCUAUAAAUGACACAACAAGGGAAAUGUUGAAAUCUGAGUUGAACGACAAGUGGAAACAAUGGAAGACCGAUUUAAAAGGAAAGGCAUAUGAUCCAAGUAAAACAGAAGAAGAAGUUGCAUCUGUUGUACCAGAUAGUAGGGUUGAUCCCGAUCAAUGGAGAGAAUUGGUUCAUCAUUGGUUUUCUGAAAAAGCCCAAAAAAUAAGUAAAAUUAAUAGACAAAAUCGUGCUAAGUUUGAAGAUGUUCAUCAUCUGGGUACAAAAAGUCUCCCAAUAUUUAUUGAUGAAAAGAAAAAAAAAGGCAAUGGAGUAUCACCCAAACGUAAAGAGAUUUACAUUGAUACUCGUACCCGUAAAGAUGGUUCAAUUGUUAGUGAAAAAGCUUCAAGAGUGAUUGAAGAACUAAAGAAACAUGAUAAUGAGGUUGAAACAUCUCAAUCGGUCCAAGAGAUACAAAGUCACAUGCCUUGGAUGGAUGAUAUAUAUUCCAAAGUACAAGGACCUGAAAAAAGAGGACCAGUGCGUUGUAUGGGCAAGAUUCCCAAACCCAAAAAAUUGAAAGCUUCUUUGUCCGAAAAUCAAGAGUUACGCGAUAAAGUUAAGCAAAUGCAAGAACAACAAAACAAUACAAAUGCGGUGUUGGUAAAUGUGUUGUCAUUGAUUCAAAAUCGAUUUUCUGGAGAAGAUGUGAAUGACAUUUUACGAGCUGCAAGACAGGUUACUGAUUCUUCUAGUUCCCCUAACCAAACGGAUUCUCCGAAUCCAUACACUAACGAAGAUUAAAGAGAGAAAACGUAUAUUGUGUUCUGGGUUCUUUGCUGUCCUGUUUGGCUGGUUUUGGGGGCUGCUACUAUCUAGUUGGAUUCCGUUGCAAGUCCGUUUCAGAUUAUUGUUUGGUAGGGAUGACAUACACAUGUAUUUUGGUGGUUGGUAGUUUUUCGAUUUGUAGUUUUAGGGUGAAUUACAAGCAAACAGUGGCUGUCAUGUUGCUUUCAAGUUGUACUAAUUUUAUUUAACUUUAAAAAAUUUGGUGCAAUUUCAAUUUUGGAGAUUUUUCUAGUUAA